CUCAAGAAUCGGUUCAACACUUUCCUCGAGAAUCUAUUUUCAUUGUAUUUUGCAGCUAUCUGGCAUAUCAAGUUCUCAAUCAUGGCUCCAGCACAGAAUCUCCUGCAAUUGUUGCAAUCACGAACAAUCGUGGACUGUGAUACCAUGGAUGUGGAGGUCCCAAAGACUCUAGGGCGAUUCGUUGAUUGUACUUCGAAUCAGGCAAUUGCAUACUUUGAGCUUCAGAAGCCUAUUCACGCCUCAACGAUUGAGAGUUCACUUAGCAUGGCGAGAUCGCUCGCUUCGAAGUUCCCUGAUAUAUCGGCUACGGAAUUAGCUGUCGAGAUCGCUAUGGUGAACUUGCAACUCGCAAUCUCACAUCACGUUUCCGGCCUCGUUCAUGUACAGACUAACCCAUAUUAUUCAUACGAUACCCCCAAAACCGUUGAGAAUGCACGAAGAAUCGUACAUAUCUUCAAGUUCCUAGAUUCUGCGUUCGACACUAAACGAGUCUGUAUCAAGAUCCCCAGCACAUGGGAAGGAAUGCAAGCUUGUCGUAUCUUAGAGGAAACCGAGAUAUCAACGCUCGCCACGACACUGUUUAAUAUCGAGCAGGCUUCAUUGGCUGCGGAGGUCAGAUGCCGGUAUAUUGCUCCUUACGUGAAUGAAUUAAAGGUUCAUUUUGAAGCUGGAUUCGUAGAUCAUAAUAAAGCCCAAAGACUCUGUCUCCAGGCUCAACGAUUGUAUGAGGAGAAUGGACUCAAGACUCAAGUCUUGCCUGCUAGUCUGACUUUGACGGAUGAGAUCAUGGUGUUGGCUGGUGUGCAUCAUAUUACUAUCGCGCCUGGGCUAUUGAAGGAAUUGGCCGCUGCUCCAGCGUCGUCUUUGAGCGUGACUUCGCUGUUUGAUGAGGCGACAACGAAGGCUUUGCCGUUUGUGUCGUAUAAAGAUAGCGAGGCGGCUUAUAGGAUAGCUUUCACUAGAAGUGGGAAUGGAGAGGGAGAGAGGAAGUUGGGUCAGGCUAUCAAUAUCUUUUGUGAUAUGCAAGACAAGCUGGAAGUUAUGAUGAAGCGGUCUCAUUAAGAAUAACCUAUACAAGAGAAGCAACAAUGAUGACAAAUAGUCUAAAGUCAAGCUUGACUGUUGAUGCGUCUAAGAAGAACCGACUGUCAGAGAUACCUCGACCACCACUAGUCACAAAAUUGAAUACUGGAGCAACGGGACCAGAACAUUCUCCUUUCAAGCUUAAAUAGCUGCGCAUCAACUUGGCAUAUGCUCUCACUCAAAGAAGAUAGAGCUACAGUAUAUCCUUGUAUUUCUGUUGUUCAGGGGUUUACUUCAAUCAAUUAUC